UUCACGGGUCGGAAUUGAAUGAAAGCAAAUACGUAAGUUAUCUUAACAAUAGCAAAUAAGAGAUAUAUCACAAUGAGUUAUAUCACGACGUAUCAAUUUACUAUGGGGGGGAAGCAGUGAUCCUGGUCUCAGACUUGGCUAUGAAGUGGUGAUGUCAGCACAAAAGAAUUGAAGCAAUGAGACCGGAAGUUGGAUAGAAUGUUACAUGCCCUAUUCUUGUGGUGUAACCUCACUGUUGACAGACGCCCCGGGGGACCUACACUGCGAGUGUCUGACGUGGGCGCAGGAAGGAAAAUGUGACAGCAACUCCGAAAAAAUGAAAGAGGCUUGUCAUGACACAUGCACCAUCUGGAGACGGAACACCUGCCCAAUACCGCCUUCACACUCCAACAUGGUUGUCACCAUCGUCCGAGGAAGUGGAAGGAAAUACACUGACGUUAUUAGCUACUCCUGUGACAAAGGAUACACGGGCACUUCCGGGGAAACUGCAGCGCAAGGAAUGAUGGUCUGUGAUGAGUCCUACACGUGGCAGGAACAUGGCGUUUACGGGGACUUACCUUUAUGUGUAAAUGAAGAUGGUGCAGCGUCAAGUACUGGGGUCGCAUCCUCCUUAAUCCAAACGACUGAUGCAGUCGCAUCGAUGAUAGCAGCUAGCGACAAAACUUCCAUAAUUGUAGAUUCUGCUACUGCUGCAUCGACAAUCAGUACCGCUACUACACAUGGGCCUUUGACAGCCCCAACAACCACCACGUCUUCUACUGUAAACGGUGUGCGAACGUCAAGGCCAGCGACCACCACAAGUACUGCAACUGCUGUAACAUCUCCAGGAGCUGUCGUUUUCCUCCAGACAAACUCACGGAAUAGUUUCACAACCUCUACGACACUAAAUAAAACUGCUGAUGCACCUACGUCAUCAGCGUCUACAACACCCACGUUAACCACAACGACUUCUACCACUACACCUAUAUCAUCAGGGUCAACAACACUCACGUUAAGCCGCACGACUACUGCCACUACACAUGUCUCAUCAGGUUCAACAACACUCAUGCUAAGCAGCACGACUACUACCACUACACCUACAUCAUCAGCGUCUACAACACCCACGAUAACCACAACGACUACGACCCCAACACCUAUAUCAUCAGGGUCAACAACACCCACCUUAAGCAGCACGACCACUUUCAAUACACCUAUAUCAUCAGGGUCAACAACACUCACGUUAACUACAAUUACUACUACUACUACUACUACUACUACGACAUCAUCAGGUUCAACAACACUCACGUUAAGCCGCACGACUACUGCCACUACACAUGUCUCAUCAGGUUCAACAACACUCAUGCUAAGCAGCACGACUACUACCACUACACCUACAUUAUCAGCGUCUACAACACCCAUGAUAACCACAACGACUACGACCCCAACACCUAUAUCAUCAGGGUCAACAACACACACCUUAAGCAGCACGACUACUUUCAAUACACCUACAUCAUCAGCGUCUACAACAAUCACGUUAACUACAAUUACUACUACUACUACUACUACUACUACUACGACAUCAUCAGGUUCAACACCACUCACGUUAAGCCGCACGACUACUGCCACUAAACAUGUCUCAUCAGGUUCAACAACACGCAUACUAAGCAGCACGACUACUACCACUACACCUACAUCAUCAGCGUCUACAACACCCACGUUAACCACAACGACUUCUACCACUACACCUACAUCAUCAGCGUCUACAACACCCACGAUAACCACAACGACUCCGACCCCAACACCUAUAUCAUCAGGGUCAACAACACCCACCUUAAGCAGCAUGACUACUUUCAAUACACCUACAUCACCGGGGUCGACAACACCCGCCUCCAUAAUACAUUCAAAUAGUUUUAUGGACUCAGUGGCAUUAACGACUGUUCCUGCGAGAACGACUACCAUGACAGGUAUCUCCACUCCUUCGCCCAGUGCUACAACAAUGUCUGAAGAUGUUCUAAGACUAAUUUUGUUAUCAAGUCUCAAUGAAUGCAUAGCUAUAAACAACUCAUUUAGGUUCAUGGAUACCAUAAGCGUUAUGGUGAAAAUGUUAAUUACAAUAUCUGACAAUAACCUCCUGUCUUGUAUCGAGAUGUGUGGCAAGUUGUCGACAUGUACUGACGUGCAGUACACACACGGAAACUGUACUCUAUUCACUCAGAAAGGUGGGAACCAACUCAUUACGAGUGCGAUUUGGAGAAAAUUUUCUGUUUAAAUCUCCAUUGUAGCUUGAAAAGAUCAAAGUGAAUCGGCACUUAGACACAAUCAAUGUAGACGACGGAUCCUGUGAGAGUACACAUAGGAGGCUAUUGGCUGGCGCCGACGUUUCGAUUUGGUAUCCAUGGUAUUAUGGUCACUCUGACUCUCUCAAUUACCUCAUCGUCCAUACCUUGACCUGGGUGCCGCCACUGCAACUUUGAUGGGUGGGGUAGGGUUAAGUUGGGUGUUGUGUUCUAAGUACCUUGACCUGGGUGCCGCCUCUGGAACUUUGAUGGGUGAGGUGGGGUGGGGUGGGCAGGGGUGUUGUGUUGACCAGGGUUUAAUAUUUAUAAGUGUGUUUGCUACCGGCCUUGACAUAGGUGCAACAC